AUGAAGGGUUGGCUUGGCGCUAUCCUAUUAUUAGAAUGCUCCAUUUUGCUGGAAGCCACUUGUCAACUCGGCACCACCCGUACCGUGGAAAAUGUCUUUGAUCUGCAGUGCGUUGAUGCUGGCGGCGGAACGACGACGGAAUUGUUUGUCGGCUGCACGGCCAAGGAUGUUCUACAUCAGGUCCGAAAAGUCAAAAUCGGGAGCCAGCUGAACCGGGAGGAGAGGGAGAAGACAGGAAUUUAUUCAGACAAAGGCUUCAUCUUCCUCUGCAACCGCACCGAGACGAAUCAGGCCAUCUGGAAGCCAGUUGCCUGCUGGGCCCUGUCCGGGACUACGGUGGUAGAGUUUGCUUUUGGGCAGACGAAAAGGAUCAAAGCUUGCUCUGGAUUUCUUCAACUUUCCAUUCCGGACAUUGUCGGCAAGAAAGAGCGUGACGUCACCUGUGUCCUAAAGGGCACCUCGGCUACCGUAUCGGCUGGAAAGAUGCUGGCGGCUGGA